CAUAGAGGAGAACUAAGGUCAAAUAACAUUGAGGCCACAACAAUAACACCGACAGCAACUAUUCUGGAUCAAGGCCGCAGUGAAAGAGAUGCUACACAUUUCCGCUUGCGGGACGGGGCCACUGAAGCAUCAGAACUUAUAACUUGUCUCAGCUGUGGGGAGUGUUUCAAGGGAACAUCCUUGUUGCAGGUCUUCGAACACUACUCGGAGCGGGUUCAUAUUCGGAAUUUUUCCAACUGCCUUUAUUGUCAGGGCAAGGUGUACUCGUACUAUCACAACCAAGGCCAAAGAGUCAAAUAUUACCACAAUUGUCUGCGCUGGAAGAGAGGUGAAGAUCAUUAGUCAUGGAAUACGAAUAUUACGAUGUGAUUCGUAGUGGCGGCAGCGACGCCGAUGUUGUAUCAAUUGCUGAGCAAAGGGAUAGCAUAAGUGCCGAAUCGGCUGAAUCUGAGUAUUCAGAUAAUGGCGGUGGAUUCGAGGAUGAUGGAAGCAGUAUUAGUUCGCGCAAUGCCAAUGGCAGUUCAGGAGGCUUUGGCAAACGUUGGUCCAAAUCCGAGGAUACAUUAUUGAAAACGCUAGUCGAACAGCAUGGAGAUAGAUGGGAUCUAAUUGCACCACAUUUCAAAGAUCGCACAGAACCUCAGGUACAACAAAGAUGGGCCAAGGUUCUAAACCCAGAGUUAAUUAAAGGCCCUUGGACAAAAGAAGAAGAUGAUAAGGUGGUCGAGUUGGUGAGACGUUUUGGUCCCAAAAAGUGGACAUUAAUUGCCCGUUAUCUGAAUGGACGCAUUGGCAAGCAAUGUCGUGAACGUUGGCACAACCAUUUGAAUCCUAACAUAAAGAAAACAGCAUGGACUGAGGAGGAAGAUCGUAUAAUCUAUCAAGCCCAUUUACAGUGGGGUAAUCAAUGGGCUAAAAUCGCCCGAUUACUUCCGGGACGUACCGACAAUGCCAUUAAAAAUCAUUGGAAUUCAACGAUGCGCAGAAAAUACUAUGACAAUGAACGUAAAUCAAAUCGCCAAUGUACCGAUUUGAAAAGUUCUCGUUCUCAUCUGAGAACGCUGAUAAAGUCUGGUGCUCCAAUAACAUUAAAUCCUGGUUUGGCUUUGUCGGCUCAAAUUCUGCAAAGAGCACAACAAGACAGCAAUAAUGCUGCUGCUACAGCGGCCGCUGCAGCUGCUGCACAAACUGACACAGUUCAGCAGACGGUCGUAAACCAAGCGGUGGUUAAUUCACGUCCAACACCGAAUAUCUUGAAAAGAGGUAAAAAUCAACAACAACAUCUUCAUCAACAACAACAACGUUUCCAACAAACCAAUGUUGGUGGCAAUGUUGAGGUUAAAUUACCGGAUUCACCGGUAAUGACACCGAUCAAACCACUGCCAUUCUCACCAAGUCAAUUUCUUAAUUCUCCAUGCCUUUCUACAUUUGAAGAUAUGAAUUUACGGGCCAGUACUCCAGUCCACAAGAGUAACAAUAGGGUUAAUGCCGACACCAAAAAAGAAUUGGAAAAUUCUUCGAUUGAAACGCCGCAUAAGAGCUUCAUGGGACCUCGUACACCAACACCCUUCAAAAAUGCACUGGCUGCUUUGGGUAAAAAACGUCGCGGUGAACGUUACAUUCCCCCAAGUCCAUCUAGUUUGGUUGAAGAUUUAGCCGAAAUCAUACACGACGAACAGCUGAAUGAGACAAAUCAGUCCAGCAAAACAUCCGCGGCCGUGAAGAAGGAAAACAUUCCGAUAACAAAGGCAUAUGGUGGUGGUAAUGGCACAAAUUCACAACUACCACCUCCAACUAAAAAGGCCCGAAAAUCCCUAAUCACCAGCUGGGGUGAAAAUAUAAUGCCAAGCAAUUGUUACAGUGAUGUUAAACUAGAACGGAAACCAUUACCCUAUGAAACCGAAACGCCUAGUAAAUUUUUAAUAUCUAGUGAUUCAAUAGCUUUCUCACCGUCUAGCAUUAUGAAGGACACGCUGUGCAGUGAGUCGGAUUUGCUACUGGACGAUCCACGAGACGAUGAGGCUAAGAAAGAAAAUAAGCCGCAGCCGGACACUGUGGCACGUCAUCGCAAUCACCAUUACUUGGAUCCCAAAUGGGAAAAAUUGGCUUGUGGCCAGACAAAGGAUCAACAAUAUAUGGUACAGCAGGCUCAUGCAUGCUUAAAGAAUCUCGCCUUAAUGCCACGUUCGCUGAACUUUGAGAAACAAAAAUAAUCAGCACACAA